AUGGAGCAGCUCCAGCUUACCAAGGACAUGAUCCUGGAUAGGAAGUUGUGGAAGAGGUGGAUUAGGGUGGAAGGACAAGAUUGUUGCAAAUAUGAUGGAAUUUAUUGUGAUGAGAAAACAGGAAAUGUUGUGAAAAUUGAUUUGCAUUACAAUAAUUAUCUUCUUGAUGCUGAUAUUAUUCCACAAAAGGUGUUAGAUAAUCAAGUGAAAAAUUUCUUAGGAGAUAGUAAAGAUCUUUGGAAUUCAAUUAACAUGUUACCUUCAUUGCUUUCAUUGAACUUAGAAGGUUGUAAUCUAGUCACAUUGCCUUAUUUUACACAAGUGAAUUUCACAUCUCUUAGUUCAUUUAAUAUCCGAGAUAACGCGAUUAGAAUGAACUCUGAGAAUCCCUCCAUUGUCCCUCCAUGGUUUUGUAAUCUUACUAGGCUGAUGAAUCUUGAUCUUGGUCAAAACUACUUUGAUGAUUCGAUUAGUGUUUUUGAGAAGCUUAGUUCACUCAGAGUGUUGGAUGUUUCCGGUAAUGGAUUUGGCGAUUCGUUGUUGAGUUCAUUGAGUAAGUUGAACAACUUGGUUUAUUUGGAUUUGUUAGGGAAUGACAUUCAUUUUACUAAUCUCUGUUUACUUGGAAAUUUGACUUCACUUUCUGUGCUGAAGUUGAGGUACAAUGAGUUAAAAGGACCAGUACCUGAGGCUUUAACGAGCAUUUUUUGUCGAUUGAGUGUGCUUGAUUUGUCAGAUAAUGAAAAAAUCAGUGGACUGCUUCCGAGUUUUAUAAGAAAUCCAUCGAGUUGUAUUGAGAAUCGUUUGAAGGAGUUAUACAUAGGAAAUACAAAAUUCGAUGACUUCUUUCCGGAAGGAAUGUCAAUGCACGAGAAUCUUGAAGUUAUUGACAGUACUAAUAGCUUGUUAUAUGGUGAAAUUCCAAAUUCAAUAGGCAGGCUGUCGAAUUUGAGGUUUUUACGGUUAGCAAACAACAAGUUGAAUGGGAGAAUUCCUUCGAGUAUUGGACAGUUAUCGAAUCUUGAAGAGCUAGAUAUCUCGAAGAACUUGUUCACCGGUAUAGUUUCUGAACUCCACUUUGCAAAACUCAACAAAUUGAAGAAAUUGUACUUGUCUGAAAACUUGAUCCUGAAUGUUAGUUCCAAUUGGUAUCCACCUUUUCGUGUCAAGGAGAUUGGGAUCACAUCGGUAAAAGUUGGUCCACGUUUUCCUCAGUGGCUACGAAAACAGUCAAUUCUUGAGAUUCUCAUUAUGUCUGAUGCUAACAUUACUGAUAUGAUCCCAAAUUGGUUGAGCAAUGCAACCUUGUUCAUGACAACUCUGGAUCUUUCAGUUAACAAAUUAGUCGGUGGUAUAGGCGUUUUGUGCGAUGCUCAACUUUUGCAUUCGAUUGAUCUUUCCAAGAAUCUGUUAUCCGGACGAAUCCCUUCAUGUUUGAGUAACUUGGAAGAAUUGAGAUCAUUAAAUCUUGCUGAUAAUAGUCUUGAAGGUGAAAUCCCAUGUUCUUUAGGUGAUUUGCCACUAAGUUUUUUGCAUUUACAAAAGAACAACUUACAAGGUAAAAUCCCUUCGUCUUUGCAAAAUUUGACAUCGUUACAAAGACUAGACUUGGGAGAAAACAAACUGAAGGAUGUUUUUCCUACAUGGAUCGGCGAAAAGUUGCAAAGUUUGGAACUCUUGAGGCUAAAUUCGAAUCAAUUUUACGGCGUUAUCCCAUUGGAACUAUGCCAAAUCUCAUCUCUAUGUUGGUUAAAUCUUGCUGGUAACAACUUGUAUGGAACUAUUCCGCGUUGUUUUAGCAACUUUUCGUGUAUGAGUUCUGGUGUUAUGUAUGGACCUGGUGAAGUAUUUGGACAAAGAGUUGAAAGUUUUAUGAAAGGAAUACCACUUGAGUAUGUUGGUGAACAAAUUUUGUUACUUAGAAUUUUGGAUCUUUCUGAAAAUGAACUUGUUGGAAGGAUACCUAAUGAGUUAACAAAAUUGGUUGACUUGCAAUAUUUGAAUUUGUCUAGGAAUAAUCUCAAUGGAAGCAUACCAAAAAAACUAGGUUAUUUGAAGCAUUUGGAGUCACUUGAUUUGUCACAUAACAAACUUUCUGGUUCAAUUCCUCAAAGUCUGGCUUCUUUGAACUAUUUGAGCUACAUGAACUUGUCUUAUAACGAUUUUUCGGGUCCAAUUCCUACUGGAAAUCAGCUUCAAUCUUUGGAUGAUCAAUCAUUUUAUGUUGGUAAUCCUAGACUUUGUGGAAAGUUGAUCAAGAAAAGUUGCAAUGACAAUGGAUCAUCAAAUGUAAGUGAACAAAUUCCUCAAGGUGAUCAUCAAGAUAAUGAUGAUGAUGGUGAUGAACGUAAGUGGUUCUAUGCUGGAAUUGGUCCUGGUUUUUGUGUUGGCUUCUUAGGUUUCCUCUUCAUCUUGUACGAGUUAAGAAAUCGUGGCGUGACACGCGUUUUUCAAUGCUGGGCGUGA